AUGGAUAACCUACCGUGGGUGGAAAAGUAUAGACCAAAGAAACUAGACGACAUUGUUCAUCAAAGUAAUGCAGUGUCUAUGCUAAAGGAAGUUGUAAGAACUAAGAAUAUGCCUCAUUUAAUAUUUCAUGGGCCUCCAGGGACAGGUAAAACAUCAGCAAUUAAUGCUUUAGCACAUGAAUUAUUUGGAAGGGAUAACAUAAGUGAACGAGUACUAGAGUUAAAUGCAUCAGAUGAUCGAGGGAUAAAUGUAGUUAGAGAAAAAAUAAAGGCAUAUACAAGAAUAAGUAUAAGCAAAAAUAAAAUAAAUACAGAAACGAAUGAGACAUUGCCUCCAUGGAAAUUAGUGGUUUUGGAUGAAGCAGAUAUGAUGACAGAAGAUGCACAGUCAGCAUUGAGAAGAAUAAUAGAAAUAUAUUCGAAUGUGACAAGAUUUAUAUUAAUAUGUAAUUAUAUACACAAAAUUUCAGACCCAAUAUAUAGCAGAUGUUCAUGUUACCGAUUUCAAGGAAUUCCAAUAAAUAUAAAGAAAGAAAAAUUACUUUAUAUUUGCAAAAGUGAAAAUAUAAACAUAUUAGAUGAUGCUUUGGAUAAAAUUAUCGAAACAACACAGGGAGAUCUUAGAAGAGCCGUUUCUAUUUUACAGUUAUGUUCAUGUAUCAAUUCUGAGAUAACUCUUGAUUCUGUUUUAGAUGUGGCUGGUUUACCAGCAGAUAAUGUAAUUCUAAAAAUUAUAGAUGCAUGCAAAAUGAAGGAUUUGAAAUAUGUUGAAAAGGCUGUACAAGAUAUUAUCGAAGAUGGUUAUGACGUAGCAUAUAUUUUUAAAUCCAUGAACAAUUAUUUUGUUAUGAAUACUGAAUAUCAAGAUUCUGUGAAGAGUCAGAUUCUGCUGGAGUUGUCGAGACAUGAUUAUCGCUUGCAUAGCGGUGCAACCAAGUACAUCCAGCUGAUGAGUUUUGCUUCCUCUGUACAUUCCCUGUUGAAUGUGGCUUAA